GGCGUGAGCACUCUCAUUUCCUCUCUGCUAUAAUCAAUGCAUCAGCUAUAUAAGGCAAGGGCGGAACAAGUAUUUCGGUGGAAAGCGAGUGUGGGGGGAGUCGGAGAGAGAUACGAAGAGGCAUUGAACCGAUUUACCAUUGUUGAGUUUUUUCAAGUAUUAUUUAAGAGAAACACGCGGAAGAAACAUGUCUUAUGAGACAAAAUACAUCUUUGCUACAUUACCAAGGACGCAAAGAGGACAGCCUCUUGUAUUAGGUGGUGAUCCUAAAGGAAAGAAUUUUUUAUAUACUAAUGGCAACAGUGUAAUCAUUAGAAACAUCGAUAACCCAGCAAUUGCUGAUAUUUAUACAGAACAUUCAUGUGCAGUCAAUGUUGCAAAAUAUUCCCCAAGCGGAUUUUACAUAGCUUCAGGUGACCAAUCGGGCAAAGUACGUAUUUGGGACACCGUCAAUAAGGAACACAUUAUGAAAAAUGAGUUCCACCCUAUCGGAGGUCCUAUUAAGGACAUCGCAUGGUCGCCUGAUAGUCAACGUAUGGUCGUUGUAGGAGAAGGAAGAGAAAGAUUUGGUCACGUAUUUAUGGCGGAAACCGGUACGUCUGUAGGUGAAAUCUCUGGCCAGAGUAAACCUAUUAAUUCCUGCGACUUCAGACCCGCUAGACCGUUCAGAUUGAUCACCGGGAGCGAAGAUAAUACGAUUGCCGUCUUCGAAGGACCGCCGUUUAAAUUUAAAAUGACGAAACAGGAGCAUGCUCGAUUCGUUCAAGCUGUACGUUACUCGCCUAGCGGGAAUCUAUUCGCAUCCGCAGGAUUCGAUGGGAAAGUAUUUAUUUAUGACGGUACGAGUUCCGAUUUAGUCGGAGAAAUAGGGUCCCCUGCUCAUCAAGGCGGCGUGUAUGGAGUAGCUUGGAAACCAGAUGGAACGCAAUUAUUAACCGCUUCCGGUGAUAAAACUUGUAAACUUUGGGACGUAGAGACUCGCUCAUUGGUUAGUGAAUUCAACAUGGGAACAACGGUAGACGACCAACAGGUCAGCUGUUUGUGGCAAGGAAAUUAUUUGCUGUCCGUAUCUUUAAGCGGUUUUAUUAAUUAUUUAGACUAUGAUAAUCCUACGAAACCACUUAGAAUAAUAAAGGGUCAUAACAAGCCCAUAACAGUAUUAACUCUGAGUCCUGAUAGAAGUACAAUUUACACUGGAUCUCAUGAUGGGUAUAUUACUAACUGGAACGCGAAAACUGGAGAGAACGAUCGCGUUCAGGGCCACGGUCAUGGGAACCAAAUUAAUGGGAUGAAAGCUGCAAAAAAUUUGCUGUACACCGCUGGUAUCGACGAUACCUUAAGAACAAUUGAUAUUGAUACCAAUACGUACUCAGAUACGGCUAUAGUUAAACUGGACUCUCAACCACGUGGUUUGGACAUCUACAAAGAUAUAGUUGUCAUUGUAACCGUUCGACAGAUAACGAUCGCACAAGAUGGACGGAAGGUGUCUAAUAUUCCAAUCGAUUAUGAACCAUCUUGCGUUUCAAUCAAUCAGGAAAAUGGUGAUGUAGCUGUAGGAGCCACGACGGAUAAUACGGUUCGCAUAUAUGCACUGUCAGGUACUAGUCUCUCACCAAAAAUUGAACUGGAACAUCUGGGCCCAGUUACGGAUGCCGCUUACAGUCCUGAUAAUAAAUAUUUGGUAGCUUGCGACACUAAUCGAAAGGUUAUUCUCUAUACUGUGCCAGAAUACAAGAGGCUUGCGCAUAAUAGGGAGUGGGGUUUCCAUAAUGCAAGAGUGAAUUCAGUAGCAUGGUCUCCUGAUUCAGUUAUGGUCGCAAGUGGUAGCCUCGACACUACGAUCAUCAUUUGGAGCGUGACGAAUCCAGCGAAGCAUACUAUUAUCAAAAAUGCUCAUCCUCAGAGUCAAAUAACGCGUUUAGUUUGGCUGGACGAGGAAACACUGAUCUCGGUCGGACAGGACUGCAAUACUAAGAUAUGGCGUAUAGAAAAGAUUUAAUUAAUAUUUUUGUAACUGUAUCUAUCUCGUUCUUUUUGAAAGAGCUUAAUUUUUCAGCGCAUUUUAUUUAUUUCGUAGUUGAUGAAUAAUAUUUUAAUACGGUUUCCCGAAUGAGGUUGGUCAGAUUGUAUUGUGAUCUUUUUUAUAUUCGGUAUAUAUUGGAAUAAUCAAAACAAGUUACACAAUAUAUAUAUAUAUAUACAUACACACACAUAUAUAUAUAUAUAUACAGAUAAAAUCGCUACAGUAUCUUUUUACAUUUUUGCGCAACGUCAAUUAUAAAUAACAUUUUUUACAUACUACAAUUAUUUUUUAGAUAUUUACAAUGUAAACGACGAAAAUAUGCUGUCUUUUUGAUUGUUCGAUUUUCACUGGGUGAUUGUAAAAAGAAUUAAUCAUGAAAAAAAAGAAAAAAAUAUCAUCAAAACGAAAAAUUGUCUAUAUCUACAUUGUCUUUAUUAAAACAGCGUAACGAUAACAAGAAAAACAGUAACAAUUCGAACACUAAGGGUCUCUCGAGGAACGUGAUCACGCUUUAAGUUAUUAUUUGUACACUUAAAAACAAUCGAGAUGUUACUAUAACUUGCCUUACUCUUAAUCAGUCUAGUACUGAAUAUAUCUCUUAUGUAGAAACAUGA